AUGAUUAUCCCAGUCAGGUGUUUCUCAUGCGGAAAGGUUAUCGGUGACAAAUGGAAUGCCUACUUAGAGCUUCUUGCAAACGAUAUGAGUGAAGGUGACGCUCUGGAUGAACUGCAAUUGAAGCGGUACUGUUGUCGGCGGAUGGUCCUCACACAUGUAGACUUGAUUGAAAAGCUCCUACACUACAAUCCUAUGGAGCGCACGAAGGAUAAAGCUAACUACUAA